CAUCAUUUCCGCUGCCCAAAUCUCCCCAUCCACGGCGACGCCAUCCGCCCGCCAGGCCGCCCCAUCUCCACCACACCCUCACAGCCCCCGACGAAGCAGCGGAGCGCGGCACAGGCCGGCCAGCGCUGCCGCCUCACCAGUAGCUUCCGCCUCCCCGCGCGCUGAUGCCCCCCCGGCGCCGGCGGUCUAGCGGGGACGCCACCCACCGAUGGCCGACGCGCUCCUCCUCCCGCGCCGCUUCCUCGCCCCGUCCCCCUCAGCCUCCGCCUCCGCCUCGUCGUCGUCCGCCUCCUCGUCCGCGCCGUCUCGCUGGGCGCUCUCGUCGCCAGGCUCGCCGCGGCGGGCGCGCCUGGCGGCCGCUCGCCCGCACCCGCGCCCUCGUCGGCUCGCUCGCCACAAGGUUCAUUCGGCAGACCCAGAGAGCGGUGAGCAACCAAAAUGGUGGGAGAAAAAUGCUGGACCAAACAUGAUUGACAUCCACUCCACAGUGGAGUUCUUGGAUGCACUGAGAGAUGCUGGAGACAGGCUUGUCAUUGUCGAGUUCUAUGGAACCUGGUGUGGUUCAUGCCGAGCACUCUUUCCAAGGCUUUGCCGGACAGCUUUGGAGAAUCCUGACAUAUUGUUUCUUAAAGUAAAUUUUGACGAAAGCAAACCAAUGUGCAAACGACUGAAUGUCAAAGUCCUUCCUUUCUUCCAUCUUUAUCGUGGAGCUGAUGGGCUACUGGAGGCUUUCUCCUGUUCCUUGGCUAAGUUUCAGAAGCUGAAGGAUGCCAUUGCAAUACACAACACGGCCCGUUGCAGCAUUGGUCCACCUGUCGGAGUUGGGGAUGUUGAUUUACUGGAUAGUGCGAGCCCACAGGAGAAACCCGCAGAAGCUAGCCCACGGUAGAUUCUACAAGAUUAGCUUGCCAACAUCCAUCGCUUCUCCACCAUCCUGCUCAUUUCCACCCCCACUCUAGAUCUUACUGUAAUCAGCUCAGGAGAAUCUUCGGUGUCCCCGGUUAACAAAUCGGGUGUUGUAUGGAUUAUUGUUUCACAUUCUUGAAUGGGGAAAUGUGUAUUAUAGCGUGUGGAAUUUUCCUUUUGUUGGACAGAAGAACCAUAGAGUUGUACAUCAUUUUCGAGCAAAGUGCCACGAAGAAUUAAGGGCCAUUGUGGACCGUUUCGUGUAA